AUGGUCACUAGGGCCGCUUUAGAGGGAUACCUGGGACGUGGUUGGUUGGGGCCCGAUGCUCUUGAAAUCCUUUUUGGUAUUGGGGUAGGUGUGGACUGGGAAGAUGUUGUUGAGAAACCUGACGAAAAGAAUGUUCCCGCAAUGCGUGCCCGCUCGGGAUCGACCUCAUCCGACGUGAAAUCCGUGGAGGAUGAUGGAGUCAGCCAGAAGCGAGGAUCGAUUGACACGUCACUUUCGGAAGCUUACGCUGCCCAGUUUGAGCCCGAUGGCAUGCCUACGUUAGCCGAGGCUGCGAAAAUUCUCUUCAAGCGUGGUAUUCCUACUGGCGUCGCGGGUACUCAGUCAGAGUUGAGUGUUAUCAACUCCUAUGCGAAUGGAUUCCAGACCACAUGUUUGGGAAACACACGCCCCAUUGACACUGAUCCUGAAUGGGCGGUUGAGAUGACUGAACGUGUCUCCGAGUUUGCCAGUGUGCACCAUAUGACCGACCUUCACACGCAUUUGCUUGACCUUUCGAAGCGAUAUCCGGCUGAGCCUGUUGAACGUGCAGCUCUUCGAUUCUUGGAAGCCAUUGCUCAGUGGCGUGGUCUACCAGAAUUGGAACAGUACAAGGAACGUGUUCGAAAAGCCAAUACCGUUGCGACGCAGCCCUCGGCUUCUCUGGAGCGCCGCCGUGGUUCUCUGUCCAUUUCUUCUCUCGUGCACCCCACAGAGACAUCUGACCCGACCUUUGAGCCCAGCUCUUCCGCUAUCUCAUCCCAGUUAAAUACUCCCGUUACUUCUCCUGUCCUUAAAUACUUUGUCGUCCCGAAGCAUGUCAUCGCGUCUCUCCCUCCUUAUCCCUCAAAAAAACGCGUGCGCGAUGAAGGCCCUGAGGCUGAAGCAAAGCGAUUAAAAACCCCUCGUGUAGGUGCAUCAUCAUCUGCAACCGCUGCAGCUAAUACAUCUCUACCUGGAAUCCUAUCUGCACCUGCAACCCCUCUGGCUGAAUCGGCCUACGGUGUUUAA